UCAUUUCUUUCACUUCUCAUAAGCCAGAUCAUCCACACAGGAAGUAUGUCUGUUUGUAACAACUUCACUUCAGACAAGAGAAUGAAUCGAACCUCUUGUCCUCGUGUCAGCUUUAACUUUGAACACAGAUUCCUGCCUCCUGUUUACAUCUUAGUAUUCAUCAUUGGACUGGUAGCUAAUGGAUGGGGACUGAAGUCUCUGCUGCACAACUGGAAGAAACUGGUUUGGCUGUUGGUGAGCGUUCAAAGUCUUCCAGACAUGUUCUACACCAAAACAUUUGGAAACAGCAGUGGGAAAUGUUACGAUACUACCAGUAAGAUCCAUGUUGAGGAUUACCUGAAAUACAGCUUCGGAUGGACAAUCACUGGGUUUUGUAUCCCGUUCCUCAUCACACUGUGCUGCUAUGGACAUGUGAUUGUCGUUCUCUGCCGCAAAAAUACCAUUGACAAGAUACUGAAACAGAGAAGCUUUAAGUUGUUGUUCAUCUUGAUUCUUCUCUUCUCUGUUUGUUACAUCCCCCAUCAUGUAUUCAAGAACCUCAACCUCUUGUCAAGAGUUCUGUCCAAACAGAGGAUUUGCCAUGGAUGGUUUAAUGGAGUCUACAUUGCUCAUCAGAUAAGUCGUGGCCUUGUGUGUCUGAACAGUGCUCUCAACCCUCUGGUUUACCUCCAUGGAAAUGAAGAUAUUCCUGCUCAGCUCAGACGACUACUCCAGCAAGCUCGUCAGAUGUUCAGCCGUUUGUUUCUGUCAAACUCUGGGCGUGUGCCUGUGGCACAAACCGCAGAUGAAGUUUAACAAGAGUUAAGAUUUUAACAUUAACUGUUUAAAGACAAAUAGCUCAAACAGCAGCUCUUGCAACUUUUUCAUGUAGCUGUCCAUAACAACUAGUGGUGUUAAUUGAUUACAAUGUGAAUGUCAUUUUCUCAUAAGUAUUGCAUUCUUUGCUUGAAUAAUACUUUUUCUGUAAGGUGUUCCAUUUUUGAGCUUUGUUUUUGUCAUGAUGCUGUGACCACAUGCUGACAAAUGUUCCAAAUCAAGGGGAAAUUCAGAUAAACCACAACACUUGGUGUGUCACUGUUCUCUUUUAGAACAGGUUGGUGGGGAGAUAAAGAUUUUAUGUGGUUGGGGGUGGGCAGGCCUAGUGCCAUGCAUGAUCUCAAAUACGGUUAUGCACUGCAAUUUAAGAACCACACAUUUGUUUUCUACCUCCCAGCAUUUAGAAAAACAAGCUGCAAAUACAGAAACGAGCUGCAAAAACCCACACAGCGUUUGUGUAUUUGGUUGUGUUGUCUGUUUUUACAGCGCGUUGCUGUAUUUGCAGCUUGUUUUCUAAAUGCUCCGCAUGUGUUGUCAAAUUAAUGAAGAUGCUUUAAAAAUUUGCUUGUGUUUUGUCUAUUUGCAUGCGUUUUCUUAAUUUGCAGUGCAUUGCCCAUGUCAGCCACCGUAGGAAGUAGAUAGUACAAAUACACUGUAAACAGUAUGUAUUUUAUGUAUAUUUAUGAUACAGUGCACAUUCUCAAUUAUACCUCACGAUUUUCUCAACUCACAGAAUCUAUUAAAUUACCUGCAUUUUGAGUGAUUCCAGUACAGUAAAAGCAGAGAGAGUACAGAAGUUCUUCUAGACC